AUGAUUGUGGACCAGGACGACUGGAGAGGAGUGACAGACCCAGCCGAAAGGAAGAAGCGGCAGAAUCGUCUCCGCCAGCGGCUAGCACGUAAGUAUAGCAGUAUUUUUCAAACCUGGAACUACCAAGCCAAUGAAAGAUAUAACGAGAUCGCAGGCAGUCUAAAUAGACCAUGCUGUGCUGUUAGGUAUGCGAGACUGAUUUACGGCCAGGCGAGAAGAAAAGGACUGCCGCCUAUGCAAAGCUUAUCUCCAGUAUCGAUCCCUCUUGGAAUGCCAACGCCUCCUCUCAUUUUCCCUCUGAGCCCAGACCAUUGUCUACUCACCAUGGUUCAAUACAACGUCCAACGCGCCUCGCUGUUCAAUAUGGCCGUUUUAUCUCUUUUAGAGCAUCUUCCUCUAGAAUGCGGGGGCACUCUCAACCUUCCAAGCUUAGCCAUAGAUCCGCCUCGCUGCGUCCCACCUGAGCUUUUGCCCACUGCUUUACAAAAAUCCACGCCUCACGAGUACUGGAUAGACAUAUUCCCAUGCCCCGUGAUGCGGGACAAUCUGAUUCGCCUUUACAGUCAAUACGAUGCUCAUGACCUUCAUCUCGAUCUGGCGAAGAGUUUGUACGAAGGGUUCGUUGACGGAGAGCAACGCGGUUGUAUGGUUUGGGGUGAGCCAUGGACGGUCAACGGGUGGGAAGUGAGUGAAGGAUUUGUUAGAAAGUGGGGGUUCUUACUCAAAGGCUGCUCAGGUCUUCUUGCAUCAACGAACCGCUGGAGGGAAUCGCGAGGCGAAGAUGCCCUAACCACAGAAGUAUGA